ACAAAAUGGCAUUCCUUCAGUGGAGAAGAUUUAAUUUUUUUGAGAAAGAAAUUGUUAAAGAUCCUGAAACAGAACAAGCUUUUGAACAGCUUAAGGAUGUUAACGUGUCCGCAUGUGCUAGUGGGCGUGGUCAGUUGAUCAUCGGUGAUUUCGAAGGUCACAUGUACUUUAUUAAUAGACAGUUACAAUUAACUGCAUUUAAAGCUUAUGAAAUCCGUGUUUCACAUCUAUAUCAGAUGAAACAACAUAAUAUACUGCUGUCAGUUGGUGAAGAUGAACAAGGUAUUAACCCACUGAUUAAAGUAUGGAAUUUAGAUAAGAUGGAACGAGGAAAUCCAUUAUGUACGAGAAUAACUAGAGCUAUACCUGGCAAUAAACCUACUCCGGUAACAUGCCUAGCUGUUCAUGAUAAUUUAAACUACAUGGCUGUAGGAUUUGAAACUGGUAGUGUUGUAUUAUUUAAGGGAGACGUCACUCGAGAAAGACAUAGUAAAUCACGUAUUGUUUUUGAGAAUAGUAAGAGAGUGACAGGUUUAAUGUUCCGUAGUUCUGGUAAAGAUAUAUUUCUGUUUGUUGUCACAGAAAAUGAGACAGUUUCCAUAAAUAUCUCUGGUAGAGAUCAGAAGAUUGUAUUAGAGAAGAUGGGAGCCAAGUUAUCAUGUACUGUAAUGAGUGAUGCUAAUCAAGAUAAUCAAGUUGUUAUUGGACGACAAGAUGCUGUAUAUUUUUAUCAACCAGAUGAAAGAGGUCCAUGUUUAGCUUUUGAAGGUGAGAAAUUACAACUACAUUGGUUUAGAGGUUAUCUGGUGAUUGUAGGGAAAGAAAAUAAACUUCAAUCAAGAGCUCCUAUAUUGGGAAGUGGUAAAGAAAUGAAUCUAGUUACAGUCUAUGAUAUACAGAAUAAAUUUAUAGCGUAUUCAGCACCAUAUCAAGAGGUUAUAGAUGUCAUGUGUGAAUGGGGGUCACUGUAUAUUUUAGCUGGUGAUAGAAAAUUAUAUCAGUUACAAGAGAAAGAUACCCAGACUAAAUUAGACAUGUUAUUUAAAAAGAAUAACUAUACUCUAGCUAUCAGUUUAGCUAAGAGCCAACAAUAUGAUGAAGAUGGUUUAAUAGAUAUAUUUACACAGUAUGGAGAUCAUCUUUAUGGUAAAGGUGAUCAUGAUGGAGCUAUAGAUCAAUAUAUUAAAACUAUUGGUAAACUAGAAGCUUCAUAUGUUAUUAGAAAGUUCCUCGAUGCUCAAAGAAUCCAUAAUUUAACCAAAUAUCUCCAAGCAUUACAUAAAGCACAGCUAGCUACAGAGGAACAUACAACAUUAUUGUUAAACUGUUAUACUAAACUUAAAGAUGUCUCCAAAUUAGAUGAAUUUAUUAUGACAAAAGAUAGAGAAAUAGAUUUUGAUGUGGAGACAGCCAUUAAAGUAUGUCGUCAAGCAGGGUAUCAUAAGCAUGCCCUGUCGCUAGCAGAGAAACAUAAAAAACAUGAAUGGUAUUUAAAGAUACAGUUAGAGGAUAUUAAGGAAUAUCACAAGGGUUUAGAAUAUAUCGGAAAAUUAGAAUUUGAUGAGUGUGAAGAUAAUUUACGUAAAUAUGGUAAAAUAUUGAUGACACAAGUACCGGAACAGACGACAAGUUUAUUGAAGAUUUUAUGUACAGACUAUAAACCUGUGGAUAGACCAUUAGUUGAUGCUUCAAAUUUAGAAGGUGGUCGAUCACAGAUAAUGAAAGCCAAAGCAGAAGAUUUCAUCCAUAUUUUUGUCAACAAUUCUACGAAACUAACAGAAUUUUUAGAACACAUGAUAACAGUACAACCCAACUCCUCGGAACUAGUAUAUGAUACAUUAUUAGAGUUAUAUUUACAUGAUAUGGUUCAUAGAACAGAUCAGUCGGCUCGUACAAUGAGAGAAAAGAAAACAUUGGAAUUACUGAAGAAUCCUGAUUCGUUAUAUAAUAUAGAUCAAGCAUUGAUUUUAUGUCAGAUGAACAACUUUAAAGCUGGUAUAUUAUAUUUAUAUGAAAAAGCUCAUCUAUACCAACAGAUAUUACGAUAUCAUAUGGAACAAAAUGAAUAUACUCUAGUCAUUCAAGCUUGUGAAAAAUUUGGUGCACAAGAUCCAAACCUGUGGGUUCAAGCUUUAUCAUAUUUUGCCCGUAAAGAAGAGUGCUGUAAAGCUCAACUGAUCGAAGUCUUAUCUCAAAUUGACAGACGCAAUUUAUUACCUCCCUUGUUGGUUAUACAGACACUAGCCCAUAAUUCCACAGCAACUCUGUCUGUUGUCAAGGAUUAUAUUAUUCGUCGUCUUCAACAUGAGAAUGAUCAGAUAACUGAAGAUGAAAGAUUAAUAAAACAAUAUCGUGAUGACACAGACAAAAAACGGGUUCAAAUUGAAGAACUAAAAACAUCGGCUAAAAUCUUCCAGGCCUCUAAAUGCAAUAUCUGUAAUCAUCCAUUAGAAUUACCUUCUGUUCAUUUCCUGUGUGAACCACAUUCCUAUCAUCAACAUUGUUUUGAAAGUUAUGCUGAGAAUGAUAAUGAAUGUCCAGUAUGUGCACCUGAAAAUAGAAAAAUUAUGGAUAUUAUCCGAGCACAAGAACAAACAAAAGACAUCCAUGAAAGUUUCCACAACCAAUUAGAGCGAGCGCCUGAUGGAUUUUCUAUUGUUGCCGAUUAUUUUGGUCGUGGUGUAUUUAAUAAGGUGACGCUGAUCACUGAUUCACCUUCUAAAUUGCAAGGUUCGUCUGUUAGUCGUAUGAGUUAGAAUUACUAUCAAGGAGGUGGGGUAUAUUUCAUUGUCAUGAUGUUAAUGUAUGUUAAACUGUGAAAAGCAAGACAUUAAGUAAUAUAUUGAUAUUGCAUGAGGGCAUCAACACGAGUGUUGUAUCAGUAUAUUAUGUGAUGUCCCACUCAAGACAUGAUAACAACUUAAAAUACAGAUACACUAUCAUGCAUGUGCAUUUCUAUAUGUGCUUUAUACGGUCGAGAGCGAGAUAUUAAGUAAUAUAUCGAUAUUGCAUGAGUGUGUUGUAUCAAUAUAUUGAGCAAUGUCUCUCUCACAUAAGUUAAGAAUUUACUCAACAUUCAAUCACUGUUUAUGAGAUAUAUCUUUGAUCCAGAAAUACAAAACUUUACACAUAGUUUCUUAUUGAUGUAUUUGAUAUAUUAAAAAAAAAAAGUUUUAUAAAGGGCUAUAUUUUAGUUAAAAUAAGACGAACAAUAUUGAGUAAAUUCUUAACUUAAAUUAAAAGCCUGAAAAUGCUUUGUGAACUUGAAGCCAGUUCCAUCUUUUAGUCAUUAAACUUGCUAUCAACAAGAA